CAGGAUCCCCAGCAGGCGUGUGAAUGCGUACCCCGUCCUGGAGCAGUUUUGGGGGGCCUGAGCAUCAAGAGAUGAACUUCCUACAGCAAGGAGAUAGUGCCUCGUGGCCAUCACUGACCAGGACCACCAGCUCAGAAAGACUCUGUGGGGAACAAGGGGCCAAUGCAUCCAGGUGGAUGAGGCAGAAGACUGUGGAGGAAGGGGAGCCUCCAGGUUUGGGGGAAGGUGCCCAGUCCAGGCCAGCUGCUGAGUCUAUCAGGCUGGAGACCACAUUCCCCAAGGCCACGCCCUUGGCCCAAGCUGCUCCCUUGGCUAUGGAAGAGACCCCACCCAAAGGGUGGGACCUCCUUCUGCCUGACUGUGCAGCCUCAGCUGUGGGCUCCAGCACAGGUGAUCUGGAGCUGGCUGUAGAGUUCCCAGCCAGGGAAGCCUGGGACUGUGAGCUGGAAGGUCUUGAGGAGGGCAGGCCUGCUCCGUCCCCAUCCCCACAGGCCCCACUACUCAGCCUGGGCUGGGAUGAUGAGCUGCAGAAGCCUGGGGCCCAGGUCUACAUGCACUUCAUGCAGGAGCACACCUGCUACGAUGCCAUGGCAACCAGCUCCAAGCUAGUCAUCUUUGACACCAUGCUGGAGAUUAAGAAAGCCUUCUUUGCCCUGGUGGCCAAUGGUGUGCGGGCAGCCCCUCUGUGGGACAGCAAGAAACAGAGAUUUGUGGGGAUGCUGACUAUCACAGACUUCAUCCUGGUGCUGCACCGUUACUACAGGUCCCCCCUGGUCCAGAUCUAUGAAAUUGAAGAACAUAAGAUUGAGACCUGGAGGGAAAUCUACCUUCAAGGCUGCUUCAAGCCUCUGGUCUCCAUCUCUCCCAAUGACAGCCUGUUCGAAGCUGUCUAUGCCCUCAUCAAGAACCGGAUCCAUCGCCUGCCAGUCCUGGACCCGGUCUCAGGCACAGUGCUCUAUAUCCUUACACACAAGCGGCUGCUGAAGUUCCUGCAUAUCUUUGGUGCUCUUCUGCCCAGGCCCUCCUUCCUCUACCGCACUAUCCAAGAUUUAGGCAUUGGCACAUUCCGAGAUUUGGCUGUGGUGCUGGAGACGGCACCUGUCCUGACUGCACUGGACAUCUUUGUGGACCGGCGUGUGUCUGCGCUGCCUGUGCUCAAUGAAUCUGGUCAGGUCGUGGGCCUCUACUCCCGCUUUGAUGUGAUUCACCUGGCUGCCCAGCAAACCUACAACCACCUAGACAUGAGUGUGGGAGAAGCUUUGCGGCAGAGGACACUGUGUCUGGAGGGAGUCCUCUCCUGCCAGCCCCACGAGAGCUUGGGGGACGUCAUUGACAGGAUUGCACGGGAGCAGGUGCACCGGCUGGUACUAGUGGAUGAGACCCAGCAUCUCCUGGGCGUGGUUUCCCUCUCUGACAUCCUUCAGGCGCUGGUGCUCAGCCCUGCCGGCAUUGAUGCCCUCAGUGCCUGAGAACACCCAAGUCCUCACUCCCAGGCCACCUUCCACACCCAGAAGCCAAUGAAGGGGGCUGGGGGACUCCGCCUUCAUCUUCUCCCACCCUCAUUCACUGGUUCAGCUCUGAUUCAGGUAGGCUCCACCCUUGGCCAUUGGAGCAGCCCCUCUGUCUUUCUGGGCCCCCAGAACUCAGAUUAGGGUACCCUGCAGAUGGCAGUGGCCUCACUCACAGCUGAGAAGUCCCAUAAAAACGGAAAGUAUGAGGCCAUCAAUUUGACCCAUUUCCAGUUGAGGUCAUGGAGGCCCUCCUAGGUGGAGUGGACUGAUGCUGGGAGGAUUUAAAGGUUAUCGCGCCAUUCAGUUCCCAGCUGCUGGGAACUGCGUUGGAAGGAAGAAGGCUAAUAAGUCUUUGUGGAAUGACAUCUCCAUCCUCAGAACCAAGAGUUUAAGGCAGGAGCUUCUACCUACUUAUUGCUCAUCUCAGUAAAUUUGACAUGAUGGCAGAUUCCUGGUAGCAUGUUUGAUGAGGUUUUGCCAAAGGAUAGGGCACAAAUUCUACCCAGUUGGCAGUGGACGGCACUCCCCUGCACCCCCGCCCCCCACCCUGUUUGGUCACUGUCUUCCCUUCUCUUUUUCUCACAGGCUUCUCCAGUCCUUCCGAAUUGUCCUUGCCCUGCAUAUAUUCCCAAGGCUCCUUGGCAAGCCCGGUGCAUCAGGAUGAUGAAAUUAAAACAGCUGAGUCAAGCCUGCAGGUCUUUAACCACAGGCACUGGGAGUAACCAGGGCCGUCUGUGCUCCAUGCGCACUUAGAUUCCUUUCCCCCAUUUGGGUCAGGAUUGGCCCCAAGGGGGCAGGGAGCACACAGCCCAUGGAUUUAGUCAGGAGCUCUGGAUUCCUCGGCUUCUGGACCAUGGCAGGCUCAUGCCUCAAACUUUUGGGAACUCCAGCUGUUCUUUUCCCUGUGGAAAUCAUGCUAGUGGUUCCCCACAACUUUGCCACUGCCUUUGGACUCUCCUGGCAUUGUCAUUUAAGAGCUGCUGGGGUUCACCAUGGAGCAGCACUUAAUUCUAGAGCUGCCUGUUGGAGUGAAGUCUGUCCUCCAUUGUUGUCCAGAAAACAGCUCUCACCAGUGAAUAGUGUUCUCAGUCCCCAGGGAUGGGUGGCCUUGUAUUCAGAUCCUUGAGAAUGAACAAUUGAAAAACCAAAAAGAAAAAGCCAUGAACUUGGAUUUUAUAGGUUUCGCUCGAAAUGCUACAAUCACUGAACCUGAACUUGUGACAAGAUCCCUGAUUCUUUCUGAAUUCAAAGACUCAAAGGAAAGUCUGCAAUUGACAAAAGCUGCAAGUGGCAUUUGUUUUGUGCAUAGAAUGUUAUUCCACUGACUUUUAAAACUCUUUUAUUUAUAGCAAAACCAUAAAAGAAGAUAUUUAUUUAAUUAAUUAAUUAUAUAGUAGGUAAAACCCAGUCUACAGAUUCUUAUCUGGAAGAAACAUUUUUGUUUGCAAUACUAAAUGUAACUUCUAUCAUGAACCCCACUUCACCAGGUGGUAGAACACAAUCUCAGUCAAUUUGGGGUCUCUUCCUCACCUUUUCCUGGGGCUGUUUGGUGAGUAGGGGAAGAUUUUUACUAGUACAAGGCUUUGUCCCUUGACUCCACAUCUAUCCAUUGCCAAAACAAAUGGUUGUCAGUUGGUUGGCCAUUAGUGUGCACAGUCACUGUCAUGUGCUUCUCCAUUCAAAAAGUCUUUUCAGACCUGCCUGCAUUUUGGCAUGCCUGUAUUCCAGCUCCUGGGCUUGCACCCCUCUGGGCUUCCGGAACCUCAGUGAGGCUGUUUCAGGACCAUCUGCUGACAUACACAGCCAGCGGCCUGUCCUCCUCUGUAUCUCACUAUUUUCCCAUACUCUAUCCAGGAACAGGGGGCCUAGGGUUUUUCUUGGGGACCCAAGAAGUGUGUAUAGUCUCUUCAUUCCCCAACCCACCCAGCCCAUGGAAUCUUUGCCAGUGGGGUGAGGGAGCUUUUAUUUUCUGACCCAUCAUAUAUUCUUCCAAAUCCACUAUAUGUCCUGAGUUCUUGUCACCCACACUGGGGAUCAGGCUUUUAAAAUUCCAAAGCCAAUGCUCAGUUUGUACUGCCACCCUCCCCUCUGGCGAUGGCCACUGCAGGCCCAGCUGUCCAGGAAGGAUAGGUUAAUCUUUCUAAAUGCGAUCCCACCCCUCAGACCUCCCAGAGCUACAGAGCAGAGGCACUUGUUCCUGAUCAGGCAGUGAAGGAAGGUACUUCCUCACAAGACACUUUGCCAAAACCCAAGAGUCAGUGUUAGCUCUGCCCAGUCCUACCCAGGGGCUCAGGCUCAAGUGGGAAGAUGGGAUGGGGGUGACCACUGGGUCUGGGCCAAGGAAGGAACUCUCUAGUGACAAUAUCCUUGAGGAGCCUAGGGCAGGCUGCCUCCAGUUCUGGCUGGCUCUGGGAAAGUGUAAAUCAGUCCCUUGAUGCUGUGCCUCCGGGACUUUCAGCAGUAACUGUAAGGCUAAGGAAGGUGCUUGGUCCCUCUGACUCCCCUUGCACCUUCCUAAGAGCACUCCACCUGCCUGGACCCACUGUCCUGAGACCCAAAAGAUCUCCCCCUUUGUCCUUCUGUGAGGGCCCAUCCCACCUCACCAUCUCAGACCUCUCCUCUCAGCCCUUGGCUCCCGGCCCAGCCUUGCAACCCUCCUGGCUGCCAGAAAAGAGGUAGCAAGUUGCCAUGGGGGCUGCAACUGCUUCUACCCUGGUUUAGAAUAAAAGAAAUGUCCUGGGCUGGUGGAGUGGCUCCAGUGGUACAGCACCUACCUAGCAAGCAUGACGCCCUGAGUUCAAGUCCCAGAAAAGGAAAAAAUAAAAGCUUCACAUGUGCAACCUACGUUCUGUCCCCUCGUUCUGCCUAUGAACCCAGGGCUGGGCUGGCUUAACUGGCAAUGUUGCCUCCCUGCUGCCCCUGUUCCCUCUUCUGACCUUCAAAGUCUCUCUGACUUGCUGUGGCCUCCUUUGUUUUCCUUUCUCUCUUCUCACAACCCUCUCAGUGGUUCUCAACCCUGGAUGUGCCUUGGGAUUACCAAGGCAAAAAGUUCACAAGACCCCAUCUCAAGCAAUAAAAAGCUGGUCCCAGUGG